ACCAAUGUGCCAUUUGAAAUUGCUAGUUGUCUAUGAUUGAGAUUCACAAAGAUUAUCAUCCCAAUUUAUUUUCAAGACUUGGAUAAUAAUACAGUUAACUGACUUGUACAAGUUAGGGUUGCCAAAUUAUUAUUUUUGCUUGAUGCUUAACAAGGGAUUCGUGAUUGAAGAUAAUCAACAGACUUGAAUCCUCUGUUCUUUGGAGAUCGCCGUGGUGGUGAAUCUCUGAAAUAGCCAACUGCAUACAUUAACAAAACUGCUUCUUUCUCCUCUUCAUCUUCUUCUUUUGGCUGCUGCUCUGUCCGUGUUGUGGAGCAUGAUACUUGAAUUUGCAUUCCACAGAUUUUGCUGUUGUUCGCGUAAAUGUUUGGAUCGUUUAAUCUGUCGAGCUGAGAGCUCCCAGGGAUUCUACCUGAAAGCUUGUUGUUGCUCAAAUCCAAAACAUCCAGCUCGCUGAGCCUGGACAACGUUUGCGGGAUUUUGGCCGAGAGGUUGUUGUACGAAACGUCUAAGAUCUCUAGCUUCUUGAGACCUCAAAACUGUGUGGGAUCGAUCCAGAGAUGUCGUUUUGUGAGAGGUUCAAAAGCUUCAGGCUCUUGAGAUUGCCUAAAGAAGUUGGGAUUUCUCCUGAGUAGUUUGUUCUUGGAGAGGUCUAAGACAGUUGUGCUGUUCGUUUGGUUACCGCAGCUACCUGCGUCUGCGGCUGCGGCGAUUUUUUUAAAAAUCUUGUUCGUUUGAUUGACGCUGAUACCUGCGUUUGACGUCGAGACCUGCAUUUGACGCCGUAAAAUCCCACGGUCGUAAAUUGUGCGUCUAUUUAACCUAUUUAGAAUUCUGUCCUUAACCUAAUUAAUUAUUUACAAAAAAACCUAAAUCUAAUUGAAGCAGAUGCAGCUCUUCUCCCAUUGACGCAGAACUCUCUCCCAUCUCUCUCGAUCUCUUUCUCCAUCUCUCGAUCUCUCUAUCUCCAUCUCUCUCGAUCUCAAGCCCUCUCUCCAUCAGGAGCCCUCUAUCCAUCUCAAGCUCUCUCUCCAUCUCUCUCUGUCACGAGCUCUUUAUCCAUCUGCAAGUGUGAGAUGACUUGAUGGUGCAAUGCGAGGAAACUUUCAGUGUCUUGGAGCUCUCUCUUCUCCAUAGCAUCUCGAAGCUCUCUCUUCUCCAUAGACAGAUCUCUCAAGCUCACACUCUCUCUCAGACCCUCUCAAGUCUUCAGGUCUCAGACCCUCUCAAGUUCAAGGAGACAUACUUUGUUUGCAGCUAGCCUUCUUCACCAGAUAAAGCAGCCUUGAAUCUAGCUCCACUCGCGGUCAUAGUCUUUAAGGAGUGUCCUGGGAUUAGAAAAUCCGUAUGUAAAGAGAUUGAUAACAUGGAUAUGUUUGAAGCGGAAUUUGGUGGUGUGGUAUUAACUGGAGCUGAAGGAUGGAGCGUUCAACAUGGAGAAACAAGUUUGGAUUCUAGAGUGGGUGGAGAUGAUGGUGGUGAUGAAGCUGAUUCUCAGCCAGCAGCUCAGGCUCAUUCUGGGAGUUCGAGAAGAAAAAGAAAGCGUAAGGAAAAAAAUAUGGUUGUAGAGGCUUGUGUGAAACGGACUGAGGCUCUUGAGGUGAAGAACAAGAUAGCGGAACGCAUGUUGGAGCGUCAAGAAGCUUCUAGUGUUGAGAAUGUGUUAGAGAUACUGUAUGCAUUGCCUGAAGUGAGAGAGUGGUCUCCAUUAUAUGAAGCAGCAUUAGAACUUCUUAUAGAUAGUGAAGGGAAUCGAAGAGCUUUUAUAACCAUGAAGACAGAUGAAGCUAAGAUUAGGUUUCUUGAGCUUAGGACCAAGAUAAAACGUGAUGAUUGAGUAGUUUGUGAGUUUGGUCUAGUCUUUUUUGUGUGAUCUUGCUGGAACUAGUAUGGAGUUUAGUACUAGUCUUUUUUUGUGAUCUUGUUGGUCUGAUCUUUGUAUGAAAACUCUGCCUUUUGUGGCUUUAUAAUCUUUAUAGUCUUAUAUCCAGUUAUGUGAUCUUGUUGGUCUGUUUUUUAUAAUUUUGAUUGAAUAGUUUCUUUUUGGUUGAAGGCACAGAACAUGUCUUUGAGUCUUACUGAUUACAGGUUACAGUCUUUGGUCUGAUCUUGUUGCAUGAAUGUAUACUGGUUUGUUCUUUGAGUCUUACAGGUUACUGGUUUGUUAAACAUGGCGAGUCUCGAGUCUUGGUAAUAUAUAUGACAUGACCAGUCUUUGGUCUGAUUUUUGCUUGGUUAAAUGUGUUCAUGAUUUGGUCUUGUUAUCUUGUUUUCAUUUUGAGUAUCAGAUAUUGGUCUUGUUACAGUUUACAGCAAACAUAUUGAUGAUGAUUUAUUAAAUAUGGUUUUGUAGAUGCUUGAAAGAUGGAUGUUGGAAGAUGAGGAUGAUGAUUAUGAUGAUGAACUUGGUUUGUUUGAUGUGCCUAUUACGGAGAGAUUGAGUCAUAGAACAGAUCGAGGAGCAGGAUGGCGACAUAUUCAACAACUGAUGUAUGAAUCUGAUCAGCAAUGUUAUGACAUUCUUCGAAUGAACCAAAAGACUUUUGAAGCUUUGUGCAAGAUGCUAGCUGAGCGAUAUGGAUUGAAAGAGACUCACCAUGUCUACCUUGAGGAAUCUGUCGCAAUGUUUCUCGAGACUGUUGGUCAAGAUAAGACGAAGCGAAAUAUUGCUGCAAGGUAUCAAAGAUCAGUGGAUACGGUCCAAAGAAAGCUUGAUGAAGUUUUGAGUGCUCUUCUCAAGUUUGCGGAGGAUACACUAAGACCACAAGAAGGCGAGUUUGGAAGAGCAAGUCCUGUUUUGAGGAAUGAUGAUCAGUAUUGGCCUCAUUUCAGAGAUUGUAUUGGAGCACUUGAUGGAAUACAUGUCCCGGUUCGCCCUCCAAGUCAGAAUGCAGAAGCAUAUAAUGGCAGAAAGCAAGGAUCUACAAUGAAUGUUCUUGUUAUAUGUAACUUCGAUAUGAAGUUCAUAUAUGCAUAUGUCGGUGUACCUGGUAGAGCAAAUGAUUCGAAGGUCUUGACUCAUUGUGCGAGGAAUGAGGCUUCUUUCCCACAUCCUCCUCCUGGAAAGUAUUAUCUAGUUGACUCCGGAUAUCCGACGAGGACAGGUUAUCUUGGUCCGCAUCGUAAUAUGCGAUUUCAUCUUGGUCAAUUUGCUACAGGAGGACCGCCAGUUAGUGCACGGGAGUUGUUUAACCGAAAGCAUUCAGGUCUGCGAUCAGUGAUUGAGAGGACAUUUGGUGUAUGGAAAGCAAAAUGGAGGAUUUUGGAUCGUAAGCAUCCAAAGUAUGGUCUGGUCAAGUGGAUUAAGCUGGUGACAGCGACGAUGGCGCUACACAACUUCAUACGUGAUUCACAUCGGGAAGAUCAUGAUUUUGUACAAUGGCAAAAUGAUGAUGAUGGAGAUGGAGAAGGAGAAGAAGCUGAUAGUGACGGUGAUGAAGAAGAAGGUGAUGAUGAUGAUGAUGAUGAUGAUGAUGAUGGUGGUGGUGGUGGUGGACAUUUUGUAUAUGAGCCGACCGGUGAUAGAGCGAUGGAAGCUUUGCGUGAUAACAUCACAAAUGAGUAUGGUAGAGGUCGUUUACCGUAUUAAAUGUUUUAGUUAAUGACUUUUUUUUUGCUUAUAAGUUUGAUUAUCAUUUAUAUGUGAUAUUUAUUAAGACUUUAUGUUUUUUUUUAUCAACCAAUUUGAUGUAUUAUUUAGCUUUUUUUCGUGAUAAAUAUUUUGAGGUA